AUGGGAAACACGUUCUGUUUGUUCUGUGGAUGCGUCGCUCAAUCGAGCGUCGGCGUCGUGGAACAGUGGGGUCGCUUCCACCGCCUCGCGCAACCCGGUUUCCACUUUUUCAACCCGCUCGCCGGCGAAUGCCUCGCCGGAAUACUCUCUACCAGAAUCUCCUCCCUCGAUGUCCGCAUCGAGACCAAAACCAAGGACAAUGUGUUUGUGCAGUUGCUAUGUUCAAUUCAGUACCGAGUGAUUAAGGAAAACGCGGAUGAUGCUUUCUAUGAGUUGCAGAACCCUCAGGAACAGAUCCAAGCUUAUGUUUUCGAUGUGACACGUGCAAUUGUUCCAAGAAUGAACUUGGAUGAGCUAUUUGAACAGAAGGGUGAGGUUGCGAAAGCUGUCUUGGAGGAACUUGAAAAGGUGAUGGGAGAAUAUGGGUAUAAUAUAGAGCACAUACUCAUGGUUGAUAUUAUACCUGAUCCUUCUGUGCGUAGGGCAAUGAAUGAGAUCAAUGCAGCUCAAAGGAUGCAGCUUGCUAGUGAGUACAAAGGAGAAGCUGAAAAGAUAUUGCUAGUAAAAAAAGCAGAGGCUGAAGCGCAAGCCAAGUACUUGGGUGGGGUUGGUGUAGCUAGGCAGAGGCAAGCUAUCACAGAUGGCUUGAGAGAGAACAUCCUGAAUUUCUCUCACAAAGUAGAAGGCACUAAUGCUAAGGAGGUGAUGGAUCUUAUCAUGAUAACUCAGUACUUUGACACAAUCAAAGACCUUGGGAACUCAUCAAAGAAUACCACUGUUUUUAUACCCCAUGGACCUGGCCACGUUAGGGAUAUUGGAGAGCAGAUACGCAAUGGACUGAUGGAAGCAGCCAGUGCUCAAGUAAAUGUGGAGGAGUGA